UAAUCGCUCCCACGCGGCCACGCCGCUUGUCAUUUGAGAACAGCAAGCGUCUCGAGGAAGCGUCGACGGACUACAUGGACGCGGAGAGAGACAUCAAGCCCUUCGUCUUCCCUACCGUGCCCACCACCAUUCAGCGGAACUUCCACGGCCCCGGCGCUCGUCAGCCAACGGCACGGCCAUUGGAGCGCUGUGGCACUCGAGUGCUACCGCAAACUCAUCGACCUUGCUCUGCGCCACGGCUUAGUAGGAAGUUCUGGGGCGCCGGCGAUUAUGACGCGGUGGCGGGGAGGUCUGCGCCACAGCCUCCGAGUCUACAGAAUCGCAUGUGCGUCCACCCGGAAUUUCUCCACUCCAACGCGACCUCGCAUAAAUGGCCGUUUGGAGCCGUGGCAGAGUUGUUGGACAAUGCGGUGGAUGAGAUAGAAACUGGUGGUGCUACAACGAUAUUGCUGGACAAACUCAUCGACAAACGGAAUGGAUCACCAGCAUUACUAAUUCAAGAUGAUGGUGGAGGCAUGGAUCCUGAUUCUUUGAGGCGGUGCAUGAGCUUUGGAUUUUCAGAGAAACAAUCAGGGUCUUCGAUUGGACAAUACGGAAAUGGAUUCAAGACUAGCACAAUGCGGCUCGGGGCAGAUGCUAUUGUUUUCAGUCGCUGCUGCACCAGGAGCAGUGGGCCUACACAAUCCAUUGGUCUCCUCUCUUACACUUUCUUGGUGGAAACAGGACAUACAAAUGUUGUAGUUCCAAUGGUUGAUUAUAAAUGCAAUCUAAUGAAUGGCCAAACUCAGCGGUUGGAGCGUCAUGGUUCGAAACAGUUCUUCUCAAAUUUGUCGGCGUUGUUGAAAUGGUCCCCUUUUGCAACAGAAGAAGAGCUGAUGCAGAAUUUCUGUGACAUUGGUCCACAUGGCACCAAGAUUAUAGUGUUCAAUCUGUGGUCCAACGACGAUGGUAAUUUGGAGCUCGACUUCGACACGAAUCCGGAGGAUAUUAUGAUCAGUGGAGCGCCAAACCCAGAACAAAUCAGCAACUCUGUUAGGAGGGCUAACGAGAACCAUCUGGCAAAUCGACUACGCUAUUCUCUUAGGGUCUAUGCUUCUGUACUGUAUCUACAGCUACCAGAUUACUUUAGGAUCAUGCUUCGAGGGCGAGAAGUUGAGCGUCAUCACAUUGCCUCUGACUUGAUAUAUCCUGAACGCAUCAGUUAUAGACCACAAAGUUGCGGAAUAAUAAGAGAGGCUGAGGUUCUUACAACAAUUGGGUUCUUAAAGGGUGCCCCAACCAUUAGCGUGCACGGAUUCAACAUCUAUCACAAAAACCGCCUUAUCUUGCCAUUCCAUAGAGUGCUGAGUACCGCGAGCAGCAAAGGCAGAAGCGUCUCUGGAGUGUUGGAGGUAGACUUCAUCAAGCCCACCCAUGACAAACAGGACUUUGAGAAGUCGCAGCUGUUUCAGCGGCUGAUGAACCGCCUCAAGGAGAUGACUAACGAGUACUGGGAUCUUUACAGUAACAAGAUCGGAUACGUGAAAGUGCCACGCGUGAGAGCAGCUCCCACUCCUGCUCCUCCAGUGAUGCUGGCAAUAGAGAAUGGCCCCGCCGAACCAUCAGAAAGGAGCGCGCCUGCUCCGACGCAACCCUUGAGAUGGCAGCACGGCAACUCCAGCUGCGUGAACGCAGUUCCAAUCGCCAUGGCGCCCCCUGCUUUUCACCCAGCUCCUGUCAAAACAGAGACUGAUGCACCAGGAGCGCCUACGGGCUACGCCUACUCCUACUCCCCGUCCUGGCCAAGCGUGCAAGCCAUGCAAAUCGAGAAGAUAAAGGAGGAACCUUCCAUGGCGGCGCCUGGCACCGAUUGGGUAGAGACAAGAAAAAGGACGAACGACGAUGGCGCCACGACGGUUGCGUUAUUCAAAAGGAGGAAGGCUCCGCAGGAGUUGGCUGGCAGUGGCAGCAGAUCCGCUACUGAUCAGGUAUCCCGGUACGUGGGAGAGGGAGAGCUGAAUGAAUUCUGCUUCCUGAAGAUGGAGAACCGGAUGCUCCGUGGAGAGUGCUCAGAAUUUGAGAUGGCAGAGAAGGAACUACGAGUCAAGGAACAGAAUCUACGGCUCGAGAUUGAGAUGGCGCAGGAGCAGUUCAAGAGACUACUGGGCGAAUACGUCUCGUUCUCAUCUAUGCCGACGCGUAAACCAUAGGCACCGCUUCCGAAGCCAACUCAUUAGCGCAAAAGGCGUGUGUACCUGUACCUAGCUCUCAGAAACUCGGCUUCGGUUCAUUUUCUGUGUGACGAAAAGGUCUAUAUGGGAAAUUGAGCUGAAAAUGGGGGGAAAAUAUUCGCCGUGUUAAUUUUCUAUAGAGAUCGGUUACGAUA